AUGGCCAAGAAAGCGCAAGGAGGAAAGAAGAAGCCCGAAAUCGAUGAGAGCGGCACUCUGCUCGUGCCGCCGCCAAGGACGGUUGCCAAUCAGGACCACUUCCAUAGAUUAAACUACCUCUACCAGAUAUCCGCGUUCCAGACUGGGGCAAGGAACACGCCUUUGGCGCGCAGUUAUGUCAAAUCCAUGGACCUAAUCAGCAAAAAGACAAAGACUUCCCUGCUUCCCACGAUAAAGAGAACCAUAUGCAAGAAAUGCCAUCGGCUGUUAUGGACCCCGAAGCGCCUGGAGAUCACUGGCGACGGAGCGCUCGCGGUAAUGUGUGGGUGCGGCGCCGUGAAACGCUACAAUAUCGCGGCAGACCCUAACUACAAGACCUUCUCGGAGCGGGAAGGUAAUCUUCUCAACCCUUAA